UCCUCCAAUUUCCUUCAAAAACAAGCAAAGUCUGAAAAUCAAAUAAGCACUGAAAAACAAGAACAAAACUGAUUUAUUUAUUUAUUGAAGAAACAUUUUUUUCCCCUGUCUUUACCGUACUCUGUAACCCUUCCCGCUCGCUAUUUGGACUCUCCCGAUUAUUCAAGAGUUUCAUUAUUUUUUUCAACUCUCACUGUCAUUAAGACCAGAGGCUGGAGCCGAAGAAGAAAAAGAUAAUCUAUGGGGGAAGACGCAGGAAAAGGUUUAGAAUGCCCGAAGCUUAUGGAUGGGAAGGGGAAUAGUGGUAAUGGCUCAGAGAAGGUUAUCCCUUCUUGUUGUUUGAAGGCCAGGGCUUCAGCCCCUGAGCUUGAGGCAAAAUGCCAUUCUACUGUUGUUUCUGGGUGGUUCUCGGAAUCUCAGUCUUCCUCUGAUGAUGCUGGUAAAAUGGUCUACUUCAACAAUCCUAUGUGGCCGGGAGAAGCGCAUUCUCUGAAAGUUGAAAGCAUUUUAUUCAAGGAAAAAUCAGACUAUCAAGAGGUCCUUGUUUUUGAGUCAUCGACAUAUGGGAAAGUGCUUGUUCUUGAUGGUAUAGUUCAACUGACUGAGAAAGAUGAAUGUGCAUAUCAGGAGAUGAUUGCUCAUCUUCCACUUUGUUCGAUUCCAUCUCCCAAAACUGUUCUGGUUGUUGGAGGUGGUGAUGGUGGAGUUCUUAGGGAGAUUUCUCGACACAGCUCUGUGGAGCACAUUGAUAUAUGUGAAAUAGAUAAGAUGGUUAUAGAUGUUUCCAAGAAGUUCUUUCCAGAAUUAGCGGUUGGAUUUGAGGACCCUCGCGUUGACCUUCAUGUUGGUGAUGCUAUUGAGUUUCUUCGUCAUGCUCCGAAAGGAAAGUAUGAUGCAAUUAUUGUUGAUUCAUCAGAUCCUGUAGGUCCUGCUCAAGAGCUUGUAGAGAAACCAUUUUUUGAGACUUUAGCUCAAGCAUUAAGGCCUGGUGGUGUCCUUUGUAACAUGGCAGAGAGUAUGUGGCUUCAUACACAUUUAAUUGAAGAUAUGAUUUCUAUUUGCCGUGAGACAUUCAAGGGGCCUGUUCAUUAUGCAUGGGCAAGUGUUCCAACAUAUCCAAGUGGUGUGAUUGGUUUUCUGUUAUGUUCCACUGAGGGGCCACCAGUUGAUUUUUUGAAUCCUAUAAACCCUAUUGAGAAGCUAGACGGUGCUUACCUUCAUAAGAGAGAACUUAGAUUUUACAACUCUGAGAUGCAUAGGGCUGCUUUUGCAUUGCCUUCGUUCCUGAAGAGGGAGGUGAGGCUACUAUGAGACUCCGCAGCCCCGGAACAAGAAAACUGUCUCCUAAAGCAAAUUUGUAGAACUUGCAAUUGUUUACUUUUUAUCGUAAGCUUAUAAAUACUUGUAUUCGAGACAUAGGCAGUAAAUAAAUGUGUUCAACAUGCAGGUGAAAUUGGAACCAUUUUAGUAUGUAUUUACAGUUCUAAUUUCAGGGAAUACGUAGUAUAGGACUUAGCCUUAUGGGUUGUGUGACGCAGCAAUGUGUUUGCUUGAUGAUAGGUGCUUCAAAUGUCUUUCAAGUCAGUGUUCUGAACUUGACAACAUUGAAACACCUGAAAGAAGAAAAAGAUGGGAAAAAUAAGGUACCAUAUGUUUCUUAUUCAUAAUAAUUAUUGCAGUUUGUGUGUUAUAA